GCCAGUGGGCAUGAUAAAAGCGGUCUUCCACUCAACACCUUCCUUAAUAUGGAUGAGGUUGUAAGCGCUGCGCAGGUCCAGUUUAGUAAAUACAGCGGCUUGUGUGAUGGCGUCCAGGGCGGUUCCCAUGAGAGGGAGAGGGUGACGGUCCCGGAUCGUUAUUUUAUUUAACCCUCGAUAGUCAAUACAGGGCCGGAGAUCACCCCUCCUUCUUCUUUACAAAGAAAAACCCCGCGGCCCCGGGGGAUGUUGAGGGACGGAUGAAUCCCUUCUGGAGGGCAUCAGUUAUAUAAUUGUCCACUUCCUUAAGUAGUGUCGGCGUGAUGACGUCAGCCGCCACGUUGGUGGCAGGAAUGAUGGGACAGAAGUCAGCGGGAUGAGUUCGUGACAUAUUGGAAUACACUUCUCUUCAGGUAAUAAGGACCUUGUGAUUUUAAAUGUAUAUUUGCCAUAUGAAUGCGGACAACAGGAAGGUGAAUACAAUAAUAAGCUUGCUUUUUAAAAUUUGUUUAUGAAAAGUUGUAAUUUUACAAGUAUUAUGUUGUGGGAAACAUGCAUGCUGACAUCUCAAGCGUGAACUCUGAAUUAGGUAAACACUUGAGUCCGUUUUAUUUAGAGCACAACUAUAUUAUACCAAGUAAGCUUCUGCUGCCACAUGACAGUUAUGCAUACAUCAGUGAGGAUGGAACUCUUCGUGGCUAGAUCACUGGUUUAGCACAUCAGAUGCUCAUGGUCCCCUUAGUUCAAUGAAAAUAUUAUACAAUCUGGCUACCAGUGAUCAUAUGCCGAUUUAACAGUUGUCUGAGGUCUCUGAAGACAAUGAUUCGGUGUGGCAUAGUUUAACUAGUCGAACCUUAGUAAAAGAGACCUGAGGUCUUACUACAUGAAAACUGAGGACUUAGUAAGGUUACCCUUACCCGUUGAUGCAAUUAGAUGUACUGAUUCAAAUUGUGCCAAUAUGAAACAUAAAGUUUAAACUUGUGUAUUUUACGAUCAUAUAAUCAGAGCCCUUAUUGAGAGUGGUAAACCUUUUUAUAAGGUGCAGCGCAGGACUAAUACCAAGUUGCCUGGGUGGUAUCUGUAUGCAAUCAGGUACUAUGAACAGACCCAAGAAGCUACAAGGGAAUGGGGACAAGCGGGUAGACCUAGACAAGACCUGUUAUAUGAAAAUAAAAAGCUAACUCGUGCUAGAUAUAAGUAUGCUAAUAGGUUCAUCAAAAAGAAUGAGCAAACAAUGAGAUCUGAUUCUUUUGGCUAGGAAGCUACUAACAAAUUUUUGGGGGGGAUUUUUGGAAAGAGGUCCAAGCUCUUAACAGUAACAAAGUUGUCCUGCCACAUUCUGUAGAUGGAAUCUCUGGACCAGACAUAGUUGAGCAUUGGAAACAACAUUCUACUGCUUUAUUUAACUGUAUUCACAGCGAACAAAUUAAUAUAACAGAGAUAAACAAGAACGAGUGUGUUAGUGUUAUGGCAUCUGAGGUGUAUCAGGCAGUUAAAGAGCACCCAGACAGUUAAUCCUGUGUUCUGGAUGGAAUACAUACUGAACAUCUUAAAUAUGCCAACCAUAGGCUAUCCCCUCUUCUGUAUGUCUGUUUUACCAGCUGUUUGACCCAUGGCAUUUUGCCGGAUGCACUUAUGCCUGUCAUCUUAGUCCCAGUUAUAAAGGUAAAGGAAGGUAGUGUAGGAAGCAUGAAUAACAACAGGUCCAUUGCUCUGGCGAGCAUUGUGUCUAAGGUUCUGGAAAAAGUACUGCUAUGUAGGCUAAAGGAUUUCUCCUAUUCUACUGAUAACCUGUUUAGAUUUCAACCAAAACACAGCACUGCUCUAUGCAUGUUUGCUUCAAAGGAAAUAAUCACAAAGUUUAAAAGAGGUGACUCCUCUGUGCUACUAUGCUUUAUUGAUGCGUCAAACACAUUUGAUUGAGUUAACCAUGUAAAGCUGUUUAUUAAAAUGUGUCAGUGAGGGGUACCUUAGUACAUUCUGAGAAUCUUAGCCUACUGGUUUGCUCAUCAGUACAUGCAGGUGAGAUGGGGAGGUAGCUUCUCUGCUUCUUUUGGUGCUACCAAUGGGGUGAAGCAAGGAUGAGUUAUCUCUCCUGUGCUCUUCAGCCUGCAUAUGGAUGAACUGUCAGUGAAGUUGAAUAAUUGCAGAACUGGACUGGUUCAACCCUAGUCAAUCAUCUUAUGUAUGCUGACGAUCAUUCUGAGUCCUAGUAAUGUGGGGCAACAGGAACCAAAUGAGUCAUUAUGACCUGCAGAACAAAGGAAGAUAAAGGUUUGCAGUUUCCCCAGUUCACCUUGUGUGGUAAAACCUUGGCUGUGAUUGGCAAAUACAAAUAUCUGGGGCAUUUCAUCAACGAUGAUUUGGCUGAUGAUUGAUCGGCAAUGCCGUAGGAUGUAUGCACAGGCCAAUAUGCUAAUUUGUUGGUUCAGUGUGUGCUCUAAUGGCACACCUGUGAUCCUGCUACCAGAGGUGUGGACUCGAGUCACAUGACUUGGACUCAAGUCAGACUUGUCAUUAUUUUAAUGAGAAAAUCUAUAAAGACUUACGACUUGAAUUGGACUUGAACGCCAAUGACUUGCAACUUGAAUCAACUUGCAUCUGUUGACUUGAUGAUAACUUAAGCAUAUUUGAUAUUUUAGCACUAAAGUGGCAUGGCAUGGGCAAAAAUCAUAAAUCAUUCUUCGUUCUGGGUGUGAUCUUGUACUGCUAAAUGCAGCAGCACUUUGUUUAUAAUCAAGUUCAGUUGAACUUUCUGCUUGUUUCUGUCACAAUGGAUGUAGCUAACCUCUCCGUGAGUUUUCCUGUUUGCAGGUGGGCGCGCCCGGAGAGCAGCUGCUGCAAAUUCUCUCAUCAGCUCGCAGGGGAUUUAAGGAGCGGUGUGACAACUGACCAGUGCCCAAUGAGUACUCACAUUGGUUCUCCCGCCCAGGUACUCUCAUCAUCUACCUGUUACCAGCUCGUCAACCUGCACUCUCACCUGCUACUACAAGGAGCCUCCGGAUCUCCUGUCCACCCGCCACGCCGCUCCUCCCUUGGGUCAUCUGCUCUCCUGCGCUCACCUGCCCGCUCAGCUCCCAGCCUCCUCUCAGCGCUCCACCACCUUACUGGAAUCUGUGUCACUGGAACAUAAUGGAGCUAACAACUUGGCAAGCACCACAAAAAGCAACCCUUACGACUAUAAGGAGUUGCACCUCUCAUUAUUGCCGACUAGAAGUAAAUGUUGAUCUUGAGAUGGAUUUGGUCACAGAUGUGUGAAGAGGACUGUGGUCUCCAUUGGACCACUGAAGGUUUUAAGGCUAUUGAAAGAGCAGAAGAGCAACAUUUGAAAAUCUUUAUUUCCACCAUGAAGCCCCUCAACCCUCCAGUUAAACCUUUUGAAUUAUAUUAUAACCUUGAGACUUAUUAUGUGCAUCUACUUAUUAAAAAGUGAGCAUUUUUCAUCUAAUUAAAGCGAUGGUUCACAAGCGGCUCCCGCUGUGACGACUUUAGGUUAGCUCCAGUCAAGCACCAGUAAUAAUGUUGUCAAAAGUGAUGCUGGGUGUCAUUCUGUCCCUCCUCAUCCUCCUAACUGUGGGUGGUAAUGUGCUGGUGUGUCUAGCUGUCUGCGCCUGUAGACGCCUCCGCUGCCUCACCAACUGUUUCAUUGUGUCGCUGGCUGUGACAGACCUGCUGCUCGGCCUCCUCGUCCUCCCGUUCUCUGCCCUCCUCCUGCUCAAUGACGAGUGGCCACUUGGCCCGUACUUCUGUAACUUCUACAUCUCCAUGGACGUUAUGCUGUGCACGGCCUCCAUCCUGACUCUGCUGGCCAUCAGCGUAGACCGCUACCUGGCGGUGACCAUGCCUCUCAGGUACGCCUCACUAGUGUUGCCGUGGAGAGUUGCAGUAGCCCUGGUGAGUGUUUGGACGGUGUCUGUGGCUGUUUCUUUCCUGCCCAUCCACAUGGGCUGGAACACUGUUAAUGGGACAGUACAGAAUCAUGGGCCAUGGGCUUCAGCGAGGAGGUGUCGUUUCGAGCUAAAUAGACCUUAUGUGCUAACGGACUCUCUUCUCACAUUCUACUUGCCUCUUGGGGCCAUGUGCUGGACCUACCUCCAAAUACUACGCAUAGCGCAAUCACAGGCCAAGCGCAUCAUCAGCACUCGACCUAUCUGCAUCACCAGCUACAACAUGAGGAACAACCCCUCCACCACAACCACUCUGGUCUCCAGUGUUGCAGCCGUGGCACUGCGAGAGCACAAAGCCACACUGACACUGGCAGCAGUGAUCGGAGUGUUUGUGGUGUGUUGGUUACCUUAUUUCAUAUUGUUCACCAUCCUGGGUCUAAAGGAGCAUCCAGACCCUGGGAUGGUACCAGAAUUCCCUAUUGUGUUGUGGCUGGGUUACACCAACUCAGCCCUUAACCCCUUCCUCUACGGAGCCCUGAACAGGGACUUCAGGUCAGCAUACACUCACCUACUGAGAUGCCGGAUCCCUGCGUACCUCGGCUGGAGAGGUCGGCAGCCGUCUCCCACUGUUACAGCAGCCAGAGAGCGGCUAACAGAGAUGACACUGCUGUGUGGCAGUGCUCCUGCCUCCUGCAGAGCAGCAAUAAUGGAUCAAAACAUUACACUUCAAGACACGAGCAGCAGGACAACAGCCCCACCAUCCAUCCACUCUGCAAACGGCACUGCUCCCACAAAUGUCAAUGGAAACGAAGGGUAAAGACGGGUUUGUGUCCAUCUAGUAAGCUCCGAGCACUCAUAGAACAUAUUGUGGUUCUGUCAUCCUCUUAAAUCUUUUCUCUCUUUGUAAUGUGAAUGUGCCGUUCUCCUCACCGAUUCCAUCGACUCCAGGAUGUGCCGAAACGGUACCUUUGAGGAGGAUGCUGUGCUCGUCUCACAACAAAGAGCCAGAAUCCGUCAACUUGAGGUGAGGAAUGAACAGACAGACCAAAGAUGGACAGAGAUGCAACAAGUCCCUCACAUAUUCAGUGCCACAGCAGAACCAACCAUAAUACCAAUGUAAGUGGAUAUACUGCACAUACCUGCAGCCCCCACAGGCCAUGUCCUGCCCAGAACAAAUGAACUGUGACACAGAUCCUAGCUGUGUCAUCCACAGCGCGUUUGGCCAUGUGGCAUUAUGCUCGUUAGGCCAAGAAAUGUGCUCACAGCUCU